AUGUCAAGAUUUGAAUUGUACUCCCCAGAGGGAUUAAGAUUAGAUGGUCGUAGAUGGAAUGAACUUCGUCGAUUCGAAUGUUCAAUUAAUACCCAUGCACAUGCAUCAGAUGGUUCAUCAUAUUUGGAACAAGGUAAUAAUAAGAUUGUUACUUUGGUGAAGGGUCCUCAGGAACCGAUUUUGCGUUCCCAAUUAGAUGCUACAAAGGCCUCAUUGAAUAUCACAGUAAAUAUUACAAAAUUUUCCAAGAUGGAGAGAAGUAAAUCAAGUCAUAAGAAUGAAAGACGUGUAUUAGAGAUGCAAACUGCAUUAGUUCGUACUUUUGAAAAAAAUGUUAUGUUACAUCUUUAUCCAAGAACUUUAAUAGAUAUUGAAAUCCAUGUUUUACAACAAGAUGGUGGUAUAUUAGGUUCUUUAAUCAAUAGUAUCACUUUAGCAUUGAUCGAUUCUGGUAUAGCUAUGUAUGAUUAUGUUAGUGCUAUUUCCAUUGGUUUAUAUGAUACAACUCCAUUAUUAGAUGUAAAUACUUUGGAAGAAAAUGCAAUGAGUACAGUCACUUUGGGUGUCAUUGGUAAAAGUGAAAAAUUGUCACUUCUUUCUGUGGAAGAUAAGAUCCCAUUGGAUAGAUUAGAAAGUGUAUUAGCUAUAGGUAUAGCGGGUGCCCAUAGAGUGAGAGAAUUGAUGGACAAUGAGUUAAGAAAGCAUGCUGCCCAUAGAGUAGCAAAAUCUUCUGCAAAAUAA